AUGACCUCCAAGGUUAAACCUCAAAAAAGACCACUGCCGCAGGCAAAACGCCCGAUAACUCGAUAUAAUGACUUUAAGACCACUGGUCCAUCAUUACCCGCUUUGACAAUUUCUUCACAGAAAAAUGAAGCUGGAUGGACUGGAAACCGGGUUAUUUGGCCAUAG